AUGGUAUGCUCUGUUUUCAGAUAUCACAUUGAUGGCCAAAUAACCAUAAUAUAUCACAUUAGAGAUCUGGGAAAAGCUUCUCUGGACGAGUUGAAGCAUGUGGUUACUUCAGACCUUAGAAAACUUCAGGGCACAGAGGGAGAGCCUACUUUUGUAAAUUGUUUUCAUUGGAGUAGAGCCCUUCCCUUGUAUGGACAUGGCUAUGAUUCAGUUCUCAAAGCAAUAGGCAAGAUGGAAGAAAGUCUUCAGGGGUUCGUCUAUGCAGGUAACCAUAGGGGUGGAUUAUCUGUGGGGAAAAUGGAAAUCAAUAGCUUCAGGAUGCAAGACUGCUAA